CUAUUUCCUCCUCCAUCGUACAGCUCGUGCUCUCUGGGCUCGGGGAACUGAUCUAAAGAAAGGUAAUGGCUUUGACCGGGGGUGGAAAAGAGCUUCCGCUGCAGGGAGCGGAGGCAGAGGACCGUAAAGACGGCGGGACGACAGACACGAGCCGAACAUCUCAUCUUGCACUUUCACCAGUUUGGAGUCUUGUUUGGAUCAACCAAUGGAUUCAAGCGGUGUCCAUGAAGUCAUCAGGUUUUUGCCCUCCCCCCUACCAACCAAACAUUAUGACACCGACACCACCGAACCAAUCAGCUGUGGCCUUCAAUCUUUGGAGGAGCUGUUGUCGUGGAAACGAAGCGAGGCGAACCCCUUCAACGUGGCGGCUGUCCCCCUGGCACCUCGGGAGCCUCCUCUUGCUAGAUGUCUCCGUCGCACCUUGGUGUCUCACGACAUGAUGGGAGGCUACCUGGAUGACCGGUUUACCCAGGGGACCAAUGCGGAGGCCCCCUACGCCUUCUACCACUGGCAGUACAUUGAUGUUUUCAACUACUUCACACACAACAUGGUGACCGUCCCUCCUGCUGUGUGGACCAAUGCAGCUCAUAAACAUGGAGUCGUGGUUCUCGGGACUUUCAUCACCGAGUGGACCGACGGUGCCAAAGUGUGCGAGGCCUUCCUGAAGGACGAGGAGUCGUACCGGGCGGUGGCUGAUAAACUAGUCCAGAUCAGCCACUGUUACGGCUUCGAGGGCUGGCUGAUCAACAUAGAGAACGUUCUCAGUAAGGUCGCGGUAAAGCACACCCCGUUGUUCCUGCGCUACCUGACGGAGCAGAUGCACGAGCGGGUGCCUGGCAGCCUGGUGCUGUGGUACGACAGCGUGAUCGAGGACGGACAGCUGCUGUGGCAAAAUGAGCUCAACCAGUCCAACGGGGUGUUUUUCGACGCCUGCGAUGGCCUGUUCACCAACUACAACUGGACAGAGGAGAUCCUGGCGCGGAUGGGGGACUACGGCGGGGUCCAUGGCCGCAGCGCCAACGUCUACGUCGGGGUGGACGUGUUCGCCCGCGGCAAUGUGGUGGGCGGGAAGCUGGAAACGAACAAGGCGCUGGAACUCAUUCGGAAGCACGACUUCUCCACGGCCAUCUUUGCCCCAGGCUGGGUGUACGAGAGCCACGAAGACAAGACCGACUUCCGCAAGAAUCAGGACGAGUUCUGGGCCCUUCUGUCAGACUUCCUGUACAUCCAUCAGACGGCCUUGCCGCUUCCCUUUUUCUCCUCCUUCUGCCAGGGCUUUGGGAAGGCUGUCUACUGGAGGGGACAGCGCGAGGCUGAUGGGAGCUGGUUCAACCUGAGUGCCCAGGAGAGCCAGCCCUUGUACUACCGCACGCAGCUGGGGGGCCAGGGCUGGCUGAGCAGCCGGGGGUGUCCAGAGGACGCCUGGAAUGGGGGCUGCUCGCUGCUGCUGGAAGGACUCAUCCCCGCCGCGCACACGUCUCCAGUCUGUGCCAAGAUCCUGUCUCUCCACGUGCCCCUGGCAUCCAAGAUUCUGGUGUCCCUCAUCUACAAGCCUUCCCCCGGGAUCAUAGUGUCCCUGGAGCUGAAGACCAGCAACGCCAGUCUUUGCACCCAUGUGGACGUCCAGGAUGUCAAACCUGGCGGCGUGUCCCCUGGGUUGGAGGACGAGGGGCUGGUGAGCCAGUUCACUCAGCUGUGCCUCAACGUGAGUCCGGCUGGCUGGACUGUCGGGUGUUCACAGUUGGAGGUUCAGCGCUGCACCCUCAGAGAGGUUUGUCUCAGCAUCCGGCGGGACAGGGCGGAGGACACGCCCUUCACCUGCAGGGUGGGAGAAAUCCGGGUGUUGGAUGGCUCCAGUCCACAGGCUCCCCUUGAGGGGGUUCAGGGCCUGUGCCUGUACGACGUGGUGUGGCUGCGUGGUACCUUUCCCGGGUCCAGCGCUCCCUGCCUGCACUUCAACGCCACCCUGCGCUGGAUGUACCCGGCCGAGCUCGCACGCCACUUCCGGGUGUACUGGCGUCGGCUGAGAGGACCCGAUCCCAGGAUCCCCCCAGGCCAACUGGUUCUGGUGGGCCGGGCGCAUUCUAAUCUUUACAGAGUGACGGAGCUGGCUGUGCCGGAAGCGCCGUGCCUGCUGGAGCUGGUGGUGGAGCCGGUGAGCAGGGAGGGCAUCCUGGUCCCAGAGGACCACUGGGGAAGAAGAAGCCUCAGCUACGCAGAGGAAUCAGCACAAUGACUUAGCGAAAGCGCUGAACCGGACGCUUCUAGUCGACACGUCGCGGUGCAAAUGUCACGACAUCUUUAGAUGGAGGAGAAAAAGAAGAGCUGCAGACCUUGAAUUAUUGUGGCUCCAUGCUUGCUUCAUAUAUUUGAACCAAUCCCAAACAAUGGCUGGGUUCUUGUUUUUCCAACAAUACCAUGUGGUUUUCAUUUGGGCUCCUUUUAAGAGGAUGAGAAAUAAAUAAGACAAAACAGCUAGGUUUUCCCAACACACUUAUUGCACAAUAAUGCCAGAAUAAAAAUGCUCUGCCCCAAAUAUACUUUUCUUCUUGUA